AUGCUGGUCGGCCCCUGGAUGACGGAGUACAAAUACAGACAGAGUCACCCAGGCAGCCACUGCACCACAGGGGCCAGUUCUCCCAGGAGACUCACUACCACAGGAGGUCUGACACACAGACGCUGAGAGACUCAUCCACUUGACACUCAGGAAGAAGCGACGAGGCGGACAUGUUGGCUCAUCUGGGGCAUUGUCAUGUGUCGUUGUCACAGGUAAGUUAUGUCUGGGUUGGCUCCGGUCCCACGCACUCUCAGCCAGUCGCUGGACGUCCUUCGCACCCUAGGGUUUUUCCUGGUUUUCUCUGGGACCUGUCUGGCACCUUAAUUCCACUUCCAGUAAUACAAUGUGUGAUUGUUGCUCCUUCGCCUUCUCCUGCUGCCCAUGCUUGGAAAAAUAGGCUAUAUGGGUAGGCCUCGCAUUCCUCCUGUGGCUUUUUUUUCUGAACCAAGGCCUGAUGGCUUUCCAAGACAUUCCGGAUGUGGAGUCUGGUUAAGCCUGUGGAUGUUAUUGAUAACAGGGCUACCACUGACUACCGUUCCGCUUUAAAUGAAAUAGGCCAGAACAAGGCUCAAUGACAGCUGCACAGGGCUCUGUUUCCGGGGCAUGAGAUUAUGAAGAUUUUCACUGCAAGUCGUCUCAAUUUUUUGGGUGAACGUGACAGUGUUGGCUACUGAUCCAGACCAGGAAUCUAGUUGAUUUGAUCAGGUAUUGAUCUCUAGAAGUUGGCUCCUUUGCUUGUUUGACUGAUUAGAGUGAUUGACACUACAGGUGACAUUGGAGCCAAACUGCUGGGAAUAGACUCAUCACCUAUGGCUGUGCAUUCUGCAUUAGGGUAUGCCAGAGACAUGUUGAUAUGCUGUAAAGUUUUAUGACUGUGUUGUCAUUCGAGUCAUUUUAGAGAGGUACUAUAUUUUAUUUUUGUACAAAUAUAGUCUAAUACAAAUAUAAUUUUCUCUGAAUGAUUUGCUUUCUAAUAUUAAUGAUUUGUUUAAAAAUUUGUAAUAUGAUAUCACUGCUAUCUGCAACUAAUUUCUAUGUGAAUUUAUUCACAUAGGUUUAUACAAUGAAAGCAAACAAGUCUACACGUGGUGAUUGUGAUUUGCUUGACCCGCAACACAAUUUUAUUCAUGCAUCAUUUCGUACACAAAACUGAGGUCCAUGUAAGUCAGCUGGCUUUUUAUUGUAAUGAAAUUAUAAGGCGGUUUUAUAUACCCGUUAAAACUUUUUUUCCCUCUUGAAUAAAAUUGCUGAAACCUUUCGCGAUACAAGAAUCAACAAUUGUCUGGUCGCUUGUUUCCAGCCACAGGGGCAUUUAAUGGGCACAGCAAAUUCAGAGGCAUGCUACAGAAUGACAGAGGGUGAAAUCACUUUACAAUCCUUGGGGCCAACAACACUGGAUCUGUCAAAGCAAGACUACAGACCUCUCACAAGGCUCUACUGUAUGAACGGAGGACAUCUUCAGAUCCUACUGGAUGGAACUGUAGCGGGCGGCAUAGAUUAAAACAAAUAUGGUACGAAUUGUUUUUGGGAGGUACACAACUACUGUACUUAGAUUUGCCUACGAACAUUAAUAUGAUAAAUGUUUUGGUAUAGACAGCAUACUUCCACCUUUUGUUUACAAUUAUGGAAUAGUCUAUAUGCCUAUAAGCUACUGAUCUAAAAUAUGUUAUAUACAUAAUAGAUUGUUGAAUACAUUUAUUUAUUUCAUUAUGAAAUUAUAUCACUUUUAGGAAGGAUUUGGAGAGAGCAGCCUCAUUCCCAGGCCUCUAUAAUUAUGCUCUCAUGAUAGCACAACCUGAUGGCAACUACCAAAACAAUCACAACUUAGCUUUGACACCAUGCUUGUGUAUUUGUGCUCUAGACAUCCUAAAGGUAAAAGCAGUGAGAGCUGGAGUGGUGGCCAUCAAGGGCCAUGAGACGGGCCGCUACCUUGCCAUGGACAAAGAUGGUCUUCUCUAUGGAUCGGUGAGUCUCUUACUCAAUAGUGACUGGUAACAGUGUAGAAAUUACUGUAUUGAACUCUGUAUCAAAUCAAAAAGUUCCAAGUCAAAACUCUGGUGGAAAACUACUGUGUAGCUUUUCUGCCUCAAUCUAGACAAUUUGAUCAUGUAGCCUAACCUAAGGAUUAUUAUGAGUAAUCCAUUGCCCUAGGCUUAGGGUAUUCACAAAGAUCAUCAAGAGAUGAGGAACAUAAACCAAUCAGAUGUGUACAGAUGAGUUGCAUUUUUUGAAGUCAAAUUCUUGAUUCAGUUGAAUGAACAGAGGAGGCCUUAUGUGUUCUUAAUCUAACCUUGUCUAUUCCAGAAAACGUUUAAAGAUGAGUGUUACUUCCUGGAGAAGAUGGAGGAUAACUAUUACAACACGUACAGGUCUCAAAAGUACCAGGACAACGACUGGUUCCUGGGGCUCAACAGGAAUGGGCAGCCUAAAGCUGGCCCAAGGACACACAUAGGCCACAAGGCCAUCUAUUUUCUGCCUCGGCCUGUUGACAACACCCCCAUGUAAAGGCAGAAGACAGCAAACGUUAACAAGGACCAUGCUACAGAAAUCAAUCACCUCCAUUCACUUUGACCAAUGUGCUCUUAAUAACCUUUUACUGCAGUGGGCUAAAUCAGGGUCACUUAGAUUGAUCCUUGGUAGUCUUAAACAAAUCUACUUUGAAACAAAAGUAUACACCUCACACACAUGGUUGUGGGCUGAAAAAAAAGAAGACACCUGUACCAUGUCAGAUAUAGAGUUGAGAUGUAUUCAAUGUUGAGUUUGCAUCCCAAUAUGACACUUUAUAUACAUCACAGAAGACUGAAAUAUAACAGAACAGAUUGGCAUAGAAACACAGCAUUUAGUAUCACACAAACAUAUUCACAUUUAUAUAACAUUUUUCGUCAUGUUUGUUGGAGAAUAUUUAUUAAUA